GUGUAGUCGUGUCCUUUUUAGAUAGGCGUCAGCAUUGUGAGAAUCUGCUCAAAUUUGCACCAAUUCCUUUUGCCAUCUGUUCAUUUGACGUGGACAUCAGCUGAAGACAAGCGCACAGAUUCACCCUCGAUCACAGUAACAAUUUAAUCAUGCCUGGACCAGCAGCAAGCGCUACCAGUGUUGGGACAUCCAGUCGGUCCCCAAGCAAGACAGUCGCCCCUCGAGCAGCAGGCUCCACAGUCAGGCAAAGGAAAGCAGCCAGCAGUGGCACACGCAGCGGAGGCAGGACCACAUCAGCGGGUACAGGAGGCAUGUGGCGCUUCUACACUGAGGACUCACCUGGUCUUAAAGUGGGCCCCGUGCCAGUCUUGGUCAUGAGCCUGCUCUUCAUCGCUUCAGUCUUCAUGCUUCACAUUUGGGGAAAAUACACCCGCUCUUAAGAACUGCUGCCUUUUGACCUUUGCCCCUACGACCUCUGGAUCUCUGCCUCUUCACACAUCGGAUCAGGACCAAAUGACAAAGCUUGUCUCCACAGACAAACUGGAUUUUUAUGCUCCUGUGCAACAUUUGCGGUUCCCUGUUGCUUAUUUUCUUUCAUUACACUAAAGGAAUAACCAUACAUUGGAAAAACCCUCUAUCCCACCAUAGACUCAAAACUGCGUGUCUUCAUAAUUCACUUCCCUGAUCAAACUGCAGUGUUUAAAAUAUAUUUUUAUGUUCAGGCUCCAGUCCAACAGCUUAUUGAAGUCUGACUUGCUUUUUGUUAGCAACAUUUGUACAAAAUGUGAUUUAUAAAAUU